AUGCUGCGCCACGUGGUGUGCGUGUUGGCCCUCGCGCUCUGCUGCUGCACGUCUGUGUGCGUGGCUGCGGUUGCGUCUGGUGCUGUUGGUGAUGGUGCAGGAGCUCCACUUUCGCAGAGCGGUGAGGGGCAAUUGAAGAGCGCAGCGGCUCUUUCUCUGGAGGCGGCAAAGGAGGCUGCAGCGGAGGCGAGUGCACUUGAGUCACAGAUGAGGACGGCGGUGAAAGCGAUGGGGACCGCAAAGAGUGCCUUGGAAGGGGUUGAUGUAGAAGCCGCAAAAACAGCAGUGAAGGCGGCAAUAACAAAAAUGAAAGCAACAGAGCCGUCACAAACUACCGCGGGAGCGAGGUUUGUCUCGUUGUUAAAACAGGUACCUGAGGCUGAGAAAAUAAAAAAUCUUACGACUGUCUCGUUUCGAGCGGAGGGGCAACUAGUGAUGCUGACAGAUAAGAUGAAAGAGGCCAACGAGGCCGCCUUGGCUGCCGCUGCAGCAGCGAAGUUGGCAGCGGUGGCUGCGAAGGCUGAAGGAGCGGGCUUUGGGGACGCCGAGACAAUGGCGGCGGAGGCGGGGAAAUUAUUCACCGACGCAGCGGGGAGCGCUAUGAGCAUAAUAGACACCGCAACGAGCGCCGUGGAACUCGCCAAGGAAGCAGCGGUGAGUGCCCGCGAUGCCUAUGCCUUCGUCUUGGUUGCGGCACAAGAGGGGGUUUCAGAAGACUCCGCUGCAACAAAUAUCACGGCUGCAGAGACAAAAAUGAAGGAAGCCGAGACAAAGCUGAAGAAAACAGAGGAGGUUGUUGUGACGGUGGUGAGCGAAGUUACAACAGCCGCGGCGAAGGCGGCAGCUGCGGCGAAGGCGGCUGAAGACGCGCUGAGCCGGAAAGCAGAAAAGAAGCCAACUGAGGAUGGUGCCAGGCAGGAAGACAAAAGCGUUGUGCAGCCAGAAUCUGUGGAUGCGACAGAGACAGCAGCGGAAUCAACGAGCAGUGAUGCCCUUCCUACCACAGCUGAGGAUGUUGUGCAUGCGGCGGAGCCCACAAACACUGCCGCUGCCGAUUCCGUCACGCCUACAGUUCCCUCAACAACAACAACAACAACCGAUGUGACUACUCCUCUGGGGACUGGGGCUGGCAAGGCGGACGGCAGCACAUAUGCACGGCUGUGUACACCGCUGCUGCUGGUCGUGGGAGCGAUGACCCUUGUGGCUGUGUGCUGA